GGAGAAGAGAGAAAACGAGAAUCUCAAGUGAUCGCAAAUGUCAACCGGGUCGUAAAUUUUCUGGCGUGAAAAAAAAAAUCGAACGGAAAAGGACUUUUUUCUUUUUCGACUGCUGCAAAUUAAUAAGUUUUUCGACAACUUUACGCGAGAGUUUGCGCGAGUGUUCCGUAACCGCGACGACGACGAUGCUGGGCUGGGCGCCGGAACGGGUUUCACGGGAGCGGUCCUGAAAAUUAGAGGAAGGACAAAGUUGGUGUGUUUGGUGUGCGAAAAGUGGGAGUGUUGUGCUGUGUUUUCAUCUUCUCUCUCUCGGAAGGGGGUGGUUGAACACGGUGGGGAUCUGUGCUAGCGGGGGACGGCGGCAAGGUCGCGUACGGCAACGACCUCCAGCGGCCAUGGAGGUGGAAUCGGCCCCGACGUCGGAACUGUUGUGCUACAAGAACCAGAACAAUAACAAUGGCACGGUCCUGGGUCACAAAGAGAUCACGGCGGAGGAGGACGGAGACGGGGACCAGCAACAGGAGGAGGCCGGAGGUCGUACCAGUCGGUACGGGUACGCCGGAGGGGACGAUCCGGACGUCGCGGAGACCAACAACGGCAAUGGGUUGCCCCAGGUGGAAGAUUUCGACGAUGACGAGCUGGAGCAGGUCUACCGAACGGUGGACAGUCAGCGCUCGGCCACCGUUCAGUGGAUGGACGACGACGAAAUCGAGCGGCUCGAUCUGUCCCUGUCGAUCGAUCCGACCCAGAUCGUGUUCAACCGGGUGGACAGCGCCGACAUCAUCUACCAGGCGAAGCGGAAAAAGUGCAAACUGGUCGGCAAGUACGUGAUGGGGGACGUCCUCGGCGAGGGCAGCUACGGCAAGGUGAAGGAGGUGCUCGACUCGGAAACGCUGAGCCGGCGGGCCGUCAAGAUCCUGACGAAGCGCAAACUUCGCCGCAUCCCCAACGGCGAGCAGAACGUCCGGCGCGAAAUCAAACUUCUCCGAACGCUGCACCACCGCAAUGUAAUCGAACUGCUGGACGUGCUAUACAACGAAGAAAAACAGAAGAUGUACCUCAUCAUGGAGUACUGCGUCGGGGGGCUGCAGGAAAUGCUCGAUUCGGUGCCUCCGGAGCGAAAACUGCCGAUGCACCAGGCCCACGACUACUUUGUCCAGCUGCUGGACGGGCUGGAGUACCUGCACGGUCGGGGAAUCAUCCACAAGGACAUCAAGCCGGGGAAUUUGCUGCUGACGUUGGACCACACGUUGAAGAUAUCGGAUUACGGGGUGGCGGAGGCCCUGGAUGAGUUUGCUCCGAGUGACGAAUGCACGACGGGGCAGGGUUCGCCGGCGUUUCAACCGCCGGAGAUUGCCAACGGCCACGACGUCUUCUCCGGGUAUAAGGUGGACAUUUGGAGCACCGGGGUAACCCUUUACAACAUUACGACCGGUCUGUACCCGUACGAGGGGGACAACAUCUACAAGCUGCUCGAGAACAUUGGCAAGUGCAAGUGGGUCGCCCCGGACUGGCUGGAAUCGCGCCUCGCGGACCUCCUGACCAACAUCCUGCAGGAAGAUCCGGCCCGACGGUUUACGCUGCAGCAGAUUCGACAGCACGAAUGGUUCCGUUGCGCGCCGGUGGCGACCUGUCCACUGGUGCCGAUUCCACCCCUCAAAGGCGAUGCGCUGCGACGUUCCACGGUGUUGCCGUACCUGGAGGCGCACCACUACGAGGCCGAACGGGACCUGGCGAACGUGUACUUUACCGAGCACGACAUCAACGAGGAGCUAGCCCGCCAGCGGCAGCAGCAGCAAAGUGCCUCCUUGGACCCGGCCGCCACCGAGCAGUACAUGUCCCGGCUCGAUUCGUUCGUCAUGGACGAGUACAACCACUAUCACACCAUUCAUCACAACACCAGCAGCAGCGCCGCCGGAAGCGGAAGCAGCAGCAAAAAGAAACACCAAAAGUAUCAAACGGCGGCCGGAGGUUAUUCCGGGGAGGGUUCCGGCGAUGCCGAGAGUGGGUCUUCGAGUCAGCAUCGAAAGUUGCGGAGUUUUUCCCUGUCGCCCAAGGCCGGCUCGAGGCAUUCCACGGCGGAACCUGGCGGAAGUAGUUCGAAGCGGAGCGGUUCCCGGAAGCCGGUGUCGUGUAUUUCGUGGAAAAAGUGGUCCCACUGCCGGCAGUCGUGAAACAGUGAUGACGAGGAGGACGAUUAGAGAGAAAGAGAUGCCAUUCGUGUUGUACUAAAUUACUAAAUGCGCGCCGUCAAGAGAGGGGGAAGAGAACAAUAGAAGCAGUGCUCUUUUCGUCGUUCUUCUUUUUUGUUUUUUAGUGAUGAAAAUAAUAUAUAUAUAUAUUUAAAACAUAAGCUUGUUUUCUAAGUUUAGUUGUAGUAUUUUUAAAAUGAGCAAAGAAAAACAAUCGCGAGUGUGAAUAAAUUGAGAGCCACCACCACUAUUAGUACUAAAUAAAGAGAGAAAAAAAAAACACUAGCAAAUAGCUACUUGAAAUAAGUUGAGAGAGUAUACAGUCCUACUUUACCUAUUCAACAAAACGCAAAAAAAAAACAUAAAAUAAAACAGAGAAUAUGCCUUGUUGUAGGGUUAGUUAGCUGAUCGCCAACCAAACCACUUCCCACCCAGAAAAUAUGGUUUGUUGACUAAAUAGAGUUCCAAUAACAAAAACAACAGAAUGCAAAAACAAAAACAAAAAAGCUUUACACAUUUGCCACAUCAUUUCACCUCAAUUGGGUUUUGCGGUUUUGUCUAAAUUACGCGUGAACUGAAGCAGAGAAAAGAAGUGUUUUGUAAAUAGUUAGAAGCAAGUAAGGAAGUAUUACUUCAUUCGAUGAAAAACAAUACAACACACACACACACAACAUUAAAGUGAAACAACAA